CUGGAUUUCAUAUCGCAAAACUCUUAGCAAUGAGACUAAAGCUAAAGUUGAAAUAUUACAGAGUUUGGGACUUCGCGUAUGCCAAUAUCAAGAAGUUGAAGGUAGUUUAGCUAUAAGUGAUUGGGAUGUUAUUAUCAUUCAGGUUGAAAGUACACAUCGUAUUAAGCUUCACAGAAGGCGUUCAUAUGUAGUUAUUUUAGAUGAAGUCAAUGCGAUUAUGCGCCAAAUAUCCAGUGGAAUUCAUGCACGAGAAUCUGAAAAUGCUUUGCGAGAUUUGUUAAACGAAACUGUUAAGAUUCUUUAUGAUCCAGACAAAGGUUCAGAGGCUAUAAGAAGAGGUCUUAAGAUGCUUCGAGAAGGUAAGCAUGUUGCUUUUGCAAUAACAUCAUGUAAAAAAGCCUGGGCUUUAGCAAACCAAGCUUCUGCAUUGCAAAAACCAGAUGUUUCACCUAUUUUAACUCGUGUUUAUUUUGGCCAAAUGGACGGAAUGCAACGACAAGAGGAUUUCACUAAUAUUAAUGCUACCUGGAGUUCUCUCAACUGUGUAAUUUACACCAGUACUGUAGAAGCUGGUAUCUCUUUUGAAAUUCCUAAUCAUUUUGACGCUAUUAUAGGGAUUAGUAAUAUUAAAACAGGAGUACAUGUCAAAACUUUUACACAGAUGCUUUAUCGAAUUCAGAAUUGUCCACAACGCAUAAUUUCUUUAUAUAAUAGUAAAAAUUCCUUCGAAAUAUUCCAAGAGCCAAAUCGUAAUCUUAUUCGUGCAGGACUUUCUGCUUUAAGGCCUAUUGAUUUACCUACAGCAGUAAAGGGGCAUUGGGAAUGGGAUAAAAUUGCUGAUUGUUAUGCUCUUGAUGCAUCUUCAGCAGUUGAAACAUAUAUUGAAGCUGAAUAUCAGAGACACUUAUCAGCUAAGUACUUUUCUGAAAUUCUCUGCAGUCUUGUUUCUAGUACAGGAGCUUCACUUAAGAUUAUUUCUGCAAAAGGUACUAUAGCUAAUAGGAAAAUAGUUUCUAAUAUUAUUAAGGCGAUUGAAGAAAAUAUUAAAUGUUCUGAUGCAGAAUUAAUAGUCAAUACACCUGAUAUCAUUCCAGAUGAUGCUGAAAUUCUUAAACAAAUUUCCACACGAUCAUUCAAUGAUAAUAUGAUAUUGCAAUGA